CUGCAAGGCGCAGUCGCGGCCGCGGCCAAUGGUGUGGCGGGGGUGCGGCGCUGCCCCGCAGCCCGGCAUGAAGGAGGACAAGGAAAACGCCAGGCCCAAGGAGCGGCGCGGGCCGGGGGCCCUGCUGGGCACCGCAGCGGCCGCGGGGCCGGGCAGCGGCACGGACGGCAGGGCGGGCGGCGCCGAGACCGAGCGCCUCGAGCGGCCCAAGGACAAGAAAGAGACGCUGAGCAAGGUGGUGAUCCGCCGGCUGCCGCCCAGCCUGACGAAGGAGCAGCUGGAGGAGCACCUGCAGCCCCUGCCCGAGCACGACUACUUCGAGUUCUUCGCCAAUGACUCCAGCUUGUACCCACACAUGUUCUCAAGAGCCUACAUCAACUUUAAGAACCAGGAAGACAUCGUCCUCUUCAGGGAUCGCUUUGACGGCUACGUUUUUGUCGAUCACAAAGGUCAGGAAUAUGCUGCCAUAGUUGAGUUUGCACCUUUCCAAAAAGCUGCAAAAAAGAAGAGUAAGAAAAAGGAUGCCAAAACAGGAACUAUUGAAGAUGAUCCAGAGUACAAGAAGUUUUUGGAAAGUUACAGUGCAGAUGAUGAAAAAUUAACCUCCACUCCUGAAACUUUGUUGGAGGAAAUAGAGGCAAGAAACAAAGAGCUGAUAGCUAAAAAGACUACUCCUCUAUUGAACUUCUUGAAAAAUAAACAGAGACUGAGAGAAGAAAAAAGAGAGGAGAGGAGGAGGAGAGAAUUGGAAAGAAAAAGACAAAGAGAAGAGGAAAGAAGAAAAUGGAAGGAGGAGGAGAGAAGGAAGAGAAAAGAAGCAGAAAAACUGAAGAAGGUAGACAGAUGCCCAGAAAAAGAAAGAGACAGAUCAAAAGAAGAACCAAAGAUUAAGCUACUUAAGAAGCCUGAAAAAGAUGAAAAAGACUUGGAGAAAAAAGAAAAAUCCAAGAAACUGGAAAGAGAAACUCUGAGGGAGGAAAAAAAUGCGAGUAGUGCAUCUGCCAAACGAUCUGAUGGGGAGACAAAAGAAGAGAAGGCAAAAAAAUCAGAAGAUGAGUGUGUAAAGGACUACAGGGACCGAGAUAGAGAUUUUGAAAGAGACAGAGAAUAUGAGAGAGCACAGAGAGAGAAACUGAGACGCCAGGAAGAGGAGCGUCGGAGGCAGAAAGAACGCUUUGAGAAAGAGAAGGUUUUUAGAAGAAAAGAAGAAGAGGUGAAAAAGGAGAGAGACUUACUCAGAGAAAAGGCAAAGAAAAGUGAUCUCACAGACUUUACCGGCAGCAUGGACAAAUCUGAGAAAGUAACCAAAGACGAUAAAAAAGAGGAUACGAUUAAGAGGGAUCGUAUCAGAAACAAGGAUCGUCCAGCAAUGCAGCUGUACCAGCCAGGAGCCCGAAGCCGAAGCAGGUUGUGUCAGUAUGAAGAAAAUGCUGCAAAGCCCACGGAUCAGGGAGCAGAUAAGAAGCCAGAGAGUGAGACCAGUAAUGCGAAGGAAGAGGAGUGACCAGCGUGCAAGCCUUUUGUGUUCUGACUGUCUGUGCAGCCAAAGAGCAUGUACUACGCAAUCCAGAAGUGCCUUCGAAGAGAAGAAGGAACAAAGGAAGAAAAAGGGGGCAUUGUGCUGUUGGAUGUUUCUGGUUAAAGAACCUCAGUUGUAGACUUGGAGUUUGAAAUGUGUUCUCAUUGUAUUUUCAGUUAUUUGAAUUUAUUUUCCCAGCAUCUAACUGCAACAGAGAAGCGAGUCUUUGCAAAGUAGAAAGACUUUAUGGCCUUAAGUAUGAUAAUAAAUGAGUCAUGUGGUCAGGAGAUGACACCUGGAUCUAAAGCCAGAGCUUUCCCAUAAAGCCAUCAGAGCCAGUGUUUGAUGCACUUAUACCUGGAGUUAGCACAGGUGCUGUUGUGUUGUGGUAGCUGAAUUCUGUCAUUCCAGCACCGUGACAGGUCUGGGAUUGUGGAGGGCCCAGCGUGCAGGAUCCCUCUGGCACGUAGAGAACAUCUGGCACGGGUGUUAGGGGGGGAGCCGCCCUCCUGCGGUGGUUCUCUUGAUAAAGGAACAGAGUUGGAGUGUAUGAAUAAGCUGGCUUAAGAUUGGAAUCCUUGACAAAUUAUUAUGUAAAGUCUACCUACACUGAAAUGUUUAUUUUUAAUGAAACAGCCUGUUUGAGCAUCCCCUUCUUUUCCAGCAUUCUCCCUUCUUUAGACACUGAUCCGUUCCGGAUUCCUGCCCUCUCUCUACACUUCCCUUUCUCCCAUAGGCGGGGGCGCUGCCUCGCAG